AUGGUGGUCGUCGCGGGUCUUGCUGAGAUAAAGGUCGCUGCAUCAACGAGCGCGAGGCGUACGAGUAGGAAGGGGAAGAGGGAGACGAGCGCCGAGGACGAGAUGCUGCAGACACGGGGUGCCGCAACGGACACGCUCCACUGCCAAAGCGAAUACGCACCCUUCCGUACUCAGUACGGCGCCACCUAUGGCUACGAGACACUUCCCGAGUAUGGAGUCAACCACCCAUAUGAAGCAGGCAGUGGCCCCUCGCCGACCGCAUCCACAUUGAGUAUCGGACCUAUAUGCGUGGCCCACUCACUAGCCAACCACAGACUUGCACCAAAGCAGAUCUCACACCCAGGUGCGGCACCCGACCACGUCUCUGUGCAGACAGCACACCAACGUCGCGCGGGAGGCGACGAGGACGAGGACCGAGCCCCGAAGCGGCCCAGACACGCGGUGGACCCAGCGCCACCAGAUCCACGGACAGACCUCGUCACGAGCCAGCAAUGUCCACCAGACCACCGCAUACGCCGGCUGAAACGAGGCCUGGCACGCGGCGGGGACCCGGCCGCCCAGCGCGCCUUGGCGAGAGUCGGAGGUCGGAGGUUGCCGAGGCCACGGAGGGAAGGCGGGCUGCGCGAUGGCGAGCUGCGGUCGCCCCUAGAGGCGAUCCGAGGCCUUAUAGAGGCUGGCCGGUCGCAGUCAGACGACAUUGAGGACGGGAUCGAUCGCUGGGUGAAGCAGAACGAGGGGAUCGCUAUCGAUCCGACCCCUUCCGCUCUCCACUUCCUCGCCGCUCUCUGCAACGCUGCUCUCGACCCUGCGAUCAGUAUUGUGUCCGUGUACACACUCGCCGUCACGUACCGCGGAGUUCCCAUCAAGCGCGACGCCGAUGGCCACAGCUACACGAAUACGGCAAGAAAUCGAUGA